UUUGACAUCCGCUAAUUUCACUGCAACACACGCCCGCUCCGGACCUCAUCGCGCGGCUCUCCCGUCAGAGACAGACCUGUAGUAUUCCGUUUAGAUGAAAGUUUAUUGACUGAAAUACGACUUUGAUUUGAAACGACUACUCGUUUGCUGAGGUUUCCGAAAACUUUGAAUUGUUUUACAGCCAUUGUUUUUUUCUUUCUGAUUUUGAGAGAUGGACCUUACCUGUCUCACUGCAUUUCUUCUCGUGACUUCCACACUGCCGUCACUUGUUCAGAUGAAGACAUGGGUCUUUGCAGUCAAUGGCGACCGACGUCCUUGGAAUUUUAUUGACGAUGACGGGAUAUUAAAAGGCGCGGACCUCGAUCUGGUACAAGCAGUGUGCGACAUUGCGAACCAAAAGUGUGCUAUGACCGUGGCGCCAACAGAGGCCUGUGUAGAGUCAAUUGACGGUAGAUUUUACCCAGGAGAAGGUCUGAUGGAGCGAUGGUUCGACGCCUGCACCGGAUAUGUGAGUUCGGUGGACCGUACCAAUGCGCUACAGUUCACUGAUCCGAUACGCACCACCACCUCUACCUUCACGGUUCUGAAAGGAAAUCCCAAAAAAUUCCGUCCAAAGAAUUUACAGAAUGCAGUUAUGGUCCACUUGAGCGGCGAUUUCACAAAUGAGCAAUGCACAGUAAGGAUGGGGCUCGGUAGACCGAAAAAUACUCUGGUGGCUUCCGGAAUAGCAGAGGCUAAGCAACUCCUGACGAACCGGUCGGCUGACGCAUUCUUUUCCUCACGGACUCGCUUUGACGAUUUGGAGGUUCUUUCUGAACGGUAUAAAUGUGAUAUUAAUGGGGUAGGCAUGAUGGUGAAAAAAGAGAGUGAUCUCCCUUUGUGGUGGAACCCCGCCUUCCAAAAAUAUCACCUUUCGGGCAAAUACAAUGACGCCUGUGACCAGAUCAGUCAGAAAUACGGAGUUGACGAUUCGGAAAAGUGUCUUCUCCGUAAACUUCAAGAAAAAUCUGCAGCUCACAGUUUUACCAGCCAUUUCUGUCUCUUCAGUCAAUCUUCAACUGCGCUGAUUGUCCUUUUGUUUCUUUGGUACUGAGUAUUGAGUUUCUGGUCCGAAAUCGCACUCCUCGUCCCACAAUCCACCACGGGAUGUAGCUACCGGAAAUGUAAUGAACAGAGGAAAUCAGUAGCAACUGAAAUUGAGUAUAGAGGAGAGGAUGAUGGGAAAUUAGUUUGAAUGUGACGUACACAGGACCGUUAAUUGUCUGUGAUAUUUAGUACACUGUGACUUUAUCGCCAAAUCAAUGUACAAGACAAAGUACAUAGUGUAAAACAGCAUUCUUCGAACAGCUCAGCAUGCGGAUUGAUAAUUUUAUCUGAUGAUAAGAAAACAAUUUCAGUACAUGCACUAGUACCCUGGAAUUUAUUAAUUUCAUUUAACAUAUGUACAGAAACAUUUAAAAGAUAUAUUGUAAAUACUAAAUACUGGUGUUUAUGUCAUGUACAGCAAUGAUGCAUAGAAUAUGAAUAUUAGAUUGUU